AUGGCCGUAGAAGAUAAUCAAGCUUCUUUCAUUCAGUCGAUUUUCGAGACCUUCCGCGGCGAGCUCGAUGAGCAUCAUGACAGAAGAGAGAGGAUCAUCAAGGCAUCGCGAGAUAUUACUGCAUUGAGUAAAAAGAUUAUCUUUGCACUACAACGAUUACGAGAAAUCAACGCCCCAAUCCCACCCAACAUCGCCAAAGAGAACAAAACCCGAUUCGACCAAAUUCUCGACCUUUUCAAGACCAUCUCCCCCGAACUAACCGGCACAAACUCCUGGCGCUACCAGCGACAAGUAUCCGGCGGCCUGCAGGAAUUCAUCGAAGCCCUCUCGUUCCAGCACUACAUCCAGACCCAACGCCUCAUUACUCGCAAGGAAGUAGCUGCGCAACUACCCGGUGGAAUCCUCGUAACCGACGAAGAUUAUCUCAUGGGUGUGUACGAUUUGACGGGCGAAAUGAUGCGGUUUGCCGUGACUACCCUAUCUACGGGCGGGCAGAUCAAGAAAAAAGAGAGCAAUGCCAAUGACACCGAAUCAGCACAAACUCGGUUCCCCAUUCUCCCAGCUCAGAAGGCGGAUAUCUUGAUUGAUCUGAGAUAUAUGCGCUCGAUGCUGGAGAAACUGAAUGUCCCUAGAAGACACAGCAGCCAUAUGAUGCGCGAUAUGUAUAAGAAGAUGGAGGUUAUGCAGGCAAGCGUAGAAAAAGUGGAGAGAGCAGCGUAUGGGUUGCUGGUCCGAGGCAGCGAACGACCGAGUGGAUGGACGCCGGAUCUGUCGUCAGUCGCAGCAGGCGGAGGAGCCGGUGCGACGGGUGUGGAAGUGGAAAGUUAUUAG